CUCACGAACGCGCGCGGCAAGCGCACAGCACCGCCUUCCGGCAGAGGCCUCCCACCCCCCACUCAGGUACCGGGCGUCGGUCCCCAGACCCCUCCGCACCGUCCCCUGCCCGCCCCGCUUCCGGGGUCUCAGCGGGUCCGGCUCACGAGUCCCCGGCCCCGCAUUCACCCUCAUCCGGUAACCCCGCGCGUGCCCCGCAGACAGCUCACCCCCACCGAGCGCCUCCCGCGGGCCGCCUACUACCCAGCGCGGCAGCACCACGCGAGGCUUCCACUCCCACGCGUCCAGGCCGCCCCACACACAGUCGCACAACGCGCUCCUGCCGCGGCGCGCCGCCCCCUUCAGACAGCAGCGGCUCGGAUCCUACACGCUUUUGACGGCUGGUCCUCCCCAGAAAAUGCACCGUGUGAGCCCAAACAUGGUGGGGUGGCUCCAGUACGCUGGACCCCGAGCUUGCAGCCUGUGCUUGAGAAAACACAAACAUCGUGUGCCUGCCUCCUCCCCUGAGAUUGAGUAGUAACCGCCAUUCCUACUCUCCAGCUCCAACUUCUAGCACCAGGGACCGCCUCCACCCCCUCAUGUGCCAAGUGGAGUUCGAGCUGGCGCGCGCGGCCCUCAAGCAGCUGAAGGGUCCUGUGAGCGAUCCGGAGAAGCUGCUCAUCUACGGCUUCUACAAACAGGCCACCCAGGGCGACUGCGACAUCCCCGCCCCUCCGGCCUCAGACGUGAAAGCCAGGGCCAAGUGGGAGGCUUGGAGCGCGAACAAAGGGGUGUCCAAGAUGGACGCCAUGAGGAGCUACGCGGCCAAAGUGGAGGAGCUGAAGAAGAAGGAAGUGGGGGGCAUGGAGCGCGAACAAAGGGGUGUCCAAGAUGGACGCCGUGAGCGGCUACGCGGCCAGAGUGAGGAGCUGAAGAAGGAGGCUGGCUGAGGGCUCCUCGGGAAUGGAAAGGGCUUCUUAGACCUUGAUGGCUGAAACGUCCUGAAACUGUCCAAGCGUAGCCGAGACAUCAAUAAAUCACUUAAACUGC